UACUGAACGGGUUGAGUAAACUUUAGAAUUUCAAAUUUCUUUAACCUACUUUUACAGUAUCAAUUUCAAAUUUAUAUCGAAAAUCGAUUUCUCUGACCUAAAUUUACAGCAUCAACUUCAGUUUUUAUCAAAAAUUGGUUUCUCAAUAGGGGUUUUUGACUAAUUUGGGGGUUUGACACUCAAAGAGAAUUCCCUGAGUUUGAAAUUGGAGAUUUAGGGGUUUCCAUCUCUGCUCAAGAUUUUAAAUUGGAUUUGGUCCAAUCCAACAUUUAAGCCAAGGGGGUUUUCAGCAUUCAAGAGUUAGAUAAUCAAUCAGUCCACAUGUUCAUUAGACUGAAAGAAUUUGGGGUUUUUUUUCACUUGAAGAAAAUUGGAAUUUAGGGUUCAAAGAAUUGCAGUUGAAGAGUUACUUCAUCAGACAUUUCUACACUCUCAGUAGGUACUACUUGUUUUUCCAUCUUUUAAUUCUGAGAUUUUCAACUACAAAUUUUGGGUGGGUUUUCUGAAGUUUACUGUUCAGUUUAGUAGGUUAACAAUGGAAGGUACACCAUAUAUUGAUGUGGAAGAUAAUGUGAGUAGGUUGCCUGAUAACUUAAUUCAUCACAUCAUGUCUUUUAUGGAUACUAAAUAUGCAGUGCAGACUAGUUUUCUGUCGAAACGGUGGAUUCAUGUUUGGAAAUCUAAUUCCUCACCGUCUUUUUAAUUGUAAAUCACUGACAAAGUUGAAAAUUUCAGCAGAGGGUAACUACAGAUAUACAAAUAUUAUUCUACCAAGAUCAAUGAGUUUACCUCAGCUUAAAAAGUUGUACUUAUGUGGAUUAUCAAUCUCUAAUGUGGAAUCAUCUAAAAGACUCUUUUCAAGUUGUCCAGUUCUUGAAGCUUUAGAGAUGGUUGAUUGCAAUAUACAGACUGACAAUCAGAGGAAUUUGGUUGUUCAUUCUGACACCUUUAAGGUGUUUGCACACACGUGUUGGAGUAGAGGUCUUUUGCUGCAAAAUGAUACUAUGGCUAACGUUAUCAAGUUAAGUGCUCCAAAUUUGGAAGAAUUCACUUGCAGAUCUUUCUUGAAACAAGAUUAUUGUCUAGAAAUCUGUUCUCCACCAUCCUUGGUAUGCUUUGACAUGACAGAAGAAAACGAAGAAGAUGAGAAUGCAGAAGAUUGUUCAGAAUUGCUUCCAGAUGAAAAAGAAGUGUAUGCUAAACGGGCAAUGCAAUUUCUACGAGCGGUUUACAUGGUGAAAACAAUGAGAUUAUCACCCGGAUUCCUUGAGGUUCUCUCACAUGCUCCUGACGUAUUAGACUGUCAACACCCUCGCUUAUGUGAUCUUCAAUAUUUGACACUCGGAAUGUGGUCUACAAGAGGUUGCUUGCGGGCUAUAGCAUACUUACUCCGCAUUUCUCCUAAUAUAGUCGAACUUUACCUUGAAUUGAAGGAGUCAAAUUCAGUGGAUGUUGGAGACGACUGGGAAGCAGGCUUGUCAUCACCAGGGAUGUUAUCUAACCUCAAGAUUGUCGAGAUUGAAGAUGUGGAAGGAUGUGUUGCUGAGUUCAACAUUCUAAGUUUUUUGUUGAAAAAUGCAAAUGAUUUGGCAAAAGUUGUUAUAUCCUUUUGUUCUUGUGCUGGCUCGCAAGUUCAGCGGUUUAAGCAGAUGCUAAGAGCAGUUCCUACAGCUUCUUCAGAUGUUGAACUAGUGUUUCAUAAAUGAACCUGAUAAUCAGAUUUAGUAACCUAAUACCGGAUACUUCUACACUUGUUUAAGAAGUGAGAAAAUACCUUGGAAGCCUAACAUACGAGUGUUUUGACGUUUGUUCUUUUUGUUUUGCUUCUGUGAAAAGAAUGCUGAAAUGUGUGUUAGGGACUUUGUUAAAUGUUAAUUAAGACUGUUAUUCAGUGAUGAUUGACCGAACUUUUAUGUAAGAAAAAAUAGGGUUCUUCAGUCUUCUUCA